AUGAUUGCACCUGGACUCUUUGACGUGGAGCCCAUGCUCCCUCCUCUCCGACCAAUGAGAGAGUUUUUUGCGUAUACUUCCUUGACUCAUCAUAGCACUCCACUCAGUCGUAGAAUGUUAGAUUCACUCACAUUUUAUCAAACCAAUUAUUUACUCAUCAAUAUGAUUGUUUUGGUGAUUUGUUUGAUGAAUUCAUAUUUGAUUUUUGUGGUGGCUCCGUUGGUGUUUAGUUUGUUCUUCUUUUUAGCUUACCAUAAAUCAGACUUUGUUGCGUUCGGUCGUAUAAAAGUAACAAAGAAUUUGGCCAUCAUCGCUUGUUUGGUAUCUUUACUUUUGAUUGUGCUUUUUGCUGCAAAAUAUUCCGUACUAUUCGUGGGUUAUGUCUUCACUGUAGUUGUAGUUUCCGUACACAGUGCACUAACUGAUCGUAAGAGAUCUCAACCAACAGUCAAUCAUGCAACAGCUAAUAGAAUCUUCGACCCCGAGGAAAUUAUUAGACGAGAUGAGAUGCAAAGAAGCUAUCAAGGUAUUGGUAGCAGCAGUUACUCAAGUAGUGCUUAUGGAGGAUUUUCUACAAGUAAUCGAUUCAAUACUACCGUUCCAACAAGUAGCACCAUCAACUCUUAUGAACCACCAUCUUCUUCGGGAGUUGGUACCACAAGUUCGUCCCUGCUCGAUGAUCAACAACAAUCAAUGGGUGAUUCAAGAGCAAGCCGUGAAGAAAGAAAAGAAAAGGUUAAACAACAAGCUAGACAACGUAUUAAGGAGAAUUAUGGAUUGGAAUAA